UAGAGCAGGUAGACACCGAAGAAACGCUCCGGCCUUGCUUCGCUCCCCGUGGGACCCAUCGGGACGUUGUAGGUCUGGGGCCGAAGCUGGAGGACUCCCUAGUGAGGGCGGAAGUAGAUGUCUUACCGGAAGUGGCUCCACUAAGGGCGGAAGGCACCGAGGCCGGUGCUAGGUGGGUUUCUGUCCCCGCCGGGCUGCCGCGAUGGAACUCAGCGCAGACUACCUCCGGGAGAAGCUGCAGCGGGACCUGGAGGCGGAGCACGUGGAGGUGGAGGACACGACUCCUGGCCGUUGCGCGACCAGCUUCCGAGUCCUGGUGGUGUCGGCUAAGUUCGAAGGGAAGCCACUGCUUCAUAGACACCGCAACGUGGCCCAUGACCCCUGGAGCGUAGAACCUCGGGGACCGCCACCCAGGCGUCAGCCUGCCGUUUCUCAACUCCAGGCUGGUGAAUGCGUCCCUAGCAGAAGAGCUCCCGCACAUCCAUGCCUUUGAGCAGAAAACUUUGACUCCAGACCAGUGGGCUCGUGAACAGCAGAAAUGAGGGACCGAUGCCUGCGCAGCAUUAAAUGACAAAUCAGGGCCAGCUUCUGUGUCUGUGUGUUGUGUGUGGCAGGGGCACUGAAGCUGAGUGUACUGCUUGGCUUCUCUCAGCCUUGCUUCGAUUCAAGUUCCGCUCCCCAUGUAGCCUCUGUGUCCAGCUUGUAAAAUGAAAUUCUGUCCUUAGGUCCCUUCCAGAGUCUUCCUUGCAAACCUUUCUUGUAGACCCCUAAGAAUCUGUAUUGCCACUCCCCACCCAAUCAUGCCUGGAAUUCUACCUGCUGAGGAGACUGAAGCAGGAUAAUUACAAGUUCAAGGGCAGCCUGGUCCACUUAGUAAGACCCUAUUUCAAAAUAAAAUAAAAACUGGGCAUAUGCUCAGUGCCUACCUA